AGUGACUGUUCCUCUGGGUCUGACUCACACAACAUGGCUUCUCUUAGGCUCCCCUUCUGUCCCCCUCUCCCUCUGUACAGUGCCCUAUCUGAGGUGUCCCCUGACCCAUGCCCUCUCUCUGCCCCCAAGGGCACUUGCCUUUGUACAACAGUCACUGCUACCAGCAUGAAUGAGGUUUAAUUUCUCCUCAGGGCUUUGCAUUUAGGCAGACUGGUGACCGUUGGGGACCAGCAUGGGUGAGGAGGAAUCGAAGCCACCAGCUUCCUGGAGUCUCUGCCUUUCUUUCCUGUCCAGUCGAAACUGUUUUCUCUAUUAACAAGAAAAGAUAGUUGGUCCACAUGAUGGCAAAGAACUGCUGGUUCUACUUUCCCAUUUAAACUGUUUUCCUUAUACGGCGAGCAGAUAUGGACCAAAAGGAAGGCUGUCACUUGGGACCAUAUAUGAAGAACCAACAUGCCAGAGGAUCAGAGCUCAGAAUCAUCCUGGUGGGCAGAACAGGAACCGGCAAAAGUGCCACAGGGAACAGCAUCCUUGGGAAGCAAGCGUUUGAGUCACAGCUGCGUGCCCAGCCCGUCACUAAGACUUGCUGGGAAAGUUGGGGGAGCUGGGGAGAGAGAGAGAUGGUCAUUGUUGACACGCCAGAUAUGUUUUCUGGGAAGGACCACUCUGAUCCCUUGUACAAAGAGGUACACAGGUGCUACCUGCUCUCGGCCCCGGGACCCCAUGUGCUGCUCCUCGUGACACAGCUGGGCCGAUUCACAGCCCAGGACCAGCAGGCUGCGCAGAGGGUGAAGGAGAUCUUUGGGGAGGAGGCCAUGAGACACACAAUUGUCCUCUUCACCCACAAGGAAGACCUUGAAGGAGGCUCCUUGAUGGAGUACAUCCACGGCUCAGACAAUAAAGCCCUAAGCGAGCUGGUGGCAGGGUGUGGCGGGCGAGCGUGUGCCUUUAAUAACCGAGCUAAAGGGAGCGAACGUGAUGACCAAGUGAAGGAGCUAAUGGACUUGAUUGAGGGCCUGGUGUCAGACAAAAGUGGUGACCACUUUACCAAUGGUCUGUACAGCCUAGUAACAGGGUCAGAAUGUGAACCUGAGAGGUCAGAGAAAAGGUUAAAGGAUUUCAAAGAGAGUCUUAUAAAGUACAUGGAAAUUCAGAGACGUUGCACAACCAAGGCCAAGGCAAUUUGCCUAAAAUCUGCCCUAAUCAAAAUACUACUGGGUAUUUUAGCUUGUAUGUGGUUAUUUGCCAAACUUCUAAUUCUGUUAUUAUGUAUAUUGCUCAAAAUAUGGAAUUUCUUUUACUUACUCUGUAGUAUGUGCAAUUUGUUCUGUAGUUUACCGUUAAUUAUUCUCAAAAAAUUAAUGAUAAUAUCUGGAAAGACCAUUGGUCUAGAAGGCAAGACUCCUAGAUUAUAGCUAUAGAUCAGUGAUCAUAUUCACUGUCAGAUGGGGGUGACUCACAGUGCCUCCUCUAUAAAAUGCAGUGCCUGACAUCAGCAUUUGAGAUUCUGCAAAGUGUUUAAAUCUUAACAUCACUCAAUUUGUUAAUGAGCCAUAUUAUUUUAAAAGUUACUGUUUAUUUUUAAAUAUGUAUCAAAAUCUUUUGAAGGCUGUAAACACAAAAUUCCUCCCAUUUGCAAAUGUCCAAAGCCAGUUUUAUCUUCCUAGAAACUCCUUUGAUUCUUUAAACUACUAUUUCUACAGAAUAUAAUGAAGAUAACCAUAAAAUUUCUACUGAAUAUAAGAGCAAUAAUAAGUAAGCUAUAAAGUUCCUGAGAUGGUAUGUCUUUAAUUCUGCUCUAUGUUUUUAGCCUCAGAUGAUAGGAAGUGGACACAUGGCUUAUUUCGAUAACGAAAUCAAUUAUGCCCACGAACCACACACAGACACACUCACACAUCAAUAGCCUGUUUUAUGUACAUCGAAUGUGCUUAACAUUGAAAGAGGCUCAGCCAGAAAUUUAUCCCUGGCCCCAAUCACAUUGACCAUUGAAACACCCGUAACGGCUGACACUUCAGCCAAGAUGGUGGGCUGGGCAAUCUGAAGCAUCACCCUGUUAAAUGAGAAUAGAAACUGAAUUUAUUAAAAAUAAACACAGUCUUUAUGAUCGAUGGUCUCACUAGAAAAUAAGGAAAACUGUUGACCUAUCAACAAAUGUCGCUAUCAAUCCCGAGAUGGAGACAUUCAGGCUUGGGUUGUUGGUAAAGUUGGAGAGCUGAUGCUGAGACGUCUGUAUGAAGUUAGGCCCUUCCCAGGGAAUUAAUAUUAUAAGCUCAUUUUUAAAACAAAUACAUAAGGCUGUUCUGAUUUUUUAUUUCUCUUAUGCUUAUUUUGUUAAGUUGUGAUUUUCAAGGAAUUUUUUUCUAUAUUAUAGUUGAAUUUAUUUGCAUAAAUAUAUAAAAUCUUUUUAUUAUGCCUUUAGUAUGUACAAGAACUAUAGUCAGCUUUCCUCUUUGAAUUUUGAUAUUGGCGAUUUAUGAUUAAUAUUUCUUUUGGUUUGAUCAGCCUGGCUAGAGGUUUAUUAAUUUUAUUAAACUUUACAAAA